UCUUCAAGAUGUGUGGGAGCAAAGCAAUGCCCAAAGUUUUUCUCUUGCAACAAAGAAUAUAAAAGAUGAAGUUUACAUUAAUUGUCCACAGUAUGUAGGAUAUAAGUGGCUGGGAAAUGGAAGCCAUGAAUCCUCAGAUCGAUUCUCUGGUUCCCGAAAAGAAAUGGCUAGCUGGAAAGACAUUUCCACGCAAUCAUAGCGAGCCGGAGAUGGAGACGAAGGAGGACCUGAGAAGAAAACUCCAUCAAGCCAAGAAAGAGAAACUGGAUAUAACUGCUAAACAUAAUGCAGAACUGUCCAACUACGAAAGCCAGAUUGCCAAGUUGCGAGCCGAGGUGGAGAAAGGCGAGGCUGUCCGACAGAGCCUGGAGUAUGAGCUGGCUUGUGCAAGGAAAGAAGUUGGAAUAGAACGGUAUUCCUCGGAAGGCAAGUUGUGUGAAGCAGACAUGCAAAUUGAACAGCUUCAAGCAACAAUCAGAGCUUUGCAGCACAAGUUGAAUGAGACGGAGAGAACCUAUCGCAUAGCUAAACAUCAGUGGGACGAAGACCAGCAACGACUCAUGAAUGACAUCUCUGAAAAAGAACUCAUCAUUGAUACCUGCAACAGUGAAUAUGAAUUACUUUUGAAGGAGAGGGCUAAACUGGACAGUAUUUUGAAGGAGACUUUGGAGCACCACCAGAAUCAGAGGAGCAUAAUAGAGUCAGAGAUCAGGGAGGAGGCAGCAAAGGAAUUUAGGUCUCAGGCGGAUCGGUGGAAAGCAGAAAGAAAUGAACUCCAGUUUCUGUUGCAGGAAAGCAACAGCGCAAUGCAGAGCCUUCACCAGAAAAUGCAAGACAUGGAGAUGCAACACAACAGCUGCGCCGAAGGGUUGAGGCGGCAGACCAGCGAACUCGAGUUCAGCGCCGAGCGAGAGGCCCGGCUUAAGAAAGAGCUUGAGGCAGCUACAGUGAGAAUAAAGAAACUGGAAGAAAACGUCGAGGCAGAGAGAGCGGCACAUCUGGAAUCAAAAUUUAAUUCUGAAAUAAUCCAGUUAAGAAUUCGAGACCUUGAAGGCGCUCUGCAGGUGGAGAAAGCCAGCCAAGCAGAAUCGCUUUCUGACUUGGAAAUGAUCAAAAGCAAAUUUAGAGAGGUGGAAACUGCCUAUGACAGAGAGAAGCGCAACGCUCACGAGAGCGUCGAAAAACUCAAUAGCCUGGAAAGGGAGUACGUCUCCAUAAACAAGCAGCUAAACAACGAGCUGGAAGAGAAGAAGAAAGCAAUUACAGACCUCUCAGAGAGACUCCUGGAUAAUGAAAAAAGUUACAAAGAAUUACAGGAUGAACUAGUAUUGGCCAAGAAACGCCAGGCCUUCCUAACAGAGACGUGCGAAAACAACGUGAGAGAUCUGGAGUUGCUUUUGGACAGCUUUCCUGUGUCAGGCAAGCGGACAGCAGGCAUUCACAAGGACAAAGAUAAACCUCCGAGCUUCACUCUUGUCCUUGAGACUUUGAGGCAUACCUUGACAGAUUACCAGAACAAGCUGGAAGAUGCAGCUAAUGAGCUAAAGAGAAUGACAGUUGUGUCUGAGAAGAUGGCAAAAGAGUUGGAAGCUUCCCAACACCAACUAAAUUUUCAAGCUCAAGAACUUCAGGAGGCGAAGAACAGCCUUGCUGGCGCCAACCAAGAGUUAACCCAUUGGAAUGCCAAGAGUGCAGAUAGAGAAGCUUUAAUAGCCACUUUGAAAAAGGAGUUGCAGAAUCUACUGCACUGCUGGGAGAAGGAGAAAAUGCGCUCUGAAGAAUCCGAACAUGACAUCCAGAAGCUUGCGCAAGCUUAUGAGAAGGAUACAGAGGAGAAGCUAACCUUCCUCCACACUUUGUACCAGCACUUGGUAGCGGGCUGCGUUCUUCUAAAACAACCAGAAGGCAUCCUGGAUAAAUUCUCCUGGCCGGAGCUUUGCACAGUCUUGCAGGAGAAUGUUGAUGCCCUGAUCUUAGACCUCAACAAGGCUAAUGAGAAGAUAUCUCACCUUGAGUAUGUUUGUAAGAACAAGUCUGAUACGAUGAGGGAGCUUCAGCAGACGCAGGAAGACACUUUCAGCAAAGUAACGGAACAGAUGAAAGCUCAGGAAAGCUGUUGGCUGAAGCAGAAGAAGGAAUUGGAACAGCAAUAUUCUGGGCUCCUCGGGGAAGUUCACGCAAGGGCACAGAAAUAUCAAGAAAUGGCAGAGAAAGCCAAAGAGAAGUUUGCCACCGCCGAAAAGAGGCAGGAACAGUUGCUCUUUGAGAACUCGCACUUUAAGGCCAUGUUGACCCAAAACCAAAAAGAGCACAUGUCUCUUCUGGCGGCGUGCGCGCUGCUCUCCGGAGCCUUGUAUGCUCUCUACAGCCGCUCGUGCGCUUUGUCGACCCAAAGGGACUUCCUCCAAGAUCAAGUCAACACCUGCGACGUUUUCAAGCAAGAGAUCCGGGCUCUGGCCAACAUUUUGUCCGAGGCCGAGGAAAGGAAGAUGAGCGACGGCCAGGCGAAGAAGCAGAAACAUGGCGGCAGCAUGAUCCAUCUCUUCCGCAAGGGCGUCAUUGCCGUUCUGGCGGCCAACAGGCUUCAGCUCUUGGGCCAGUCCUGCAGCUCCCUUUUCUCCUGGGUGGACAGCUUCAGAGAAGGCAUAGGAAUCUUAGUCUGCGCAGGAGACUCCAAGGAUGUACAGAACCUGUCAAAAAAACAGAAGGAACACGUCCGUUCUCUUCAAGCGCUCAAUUGGCUUACCAGUCCUAGUCUCCUUGCCGCUGUCCUCAGUUCAAUGGUCGAGCUACAAGAAGUGGUUAACAAGACAGAUCUGAAUUCAUGGCUUUCUGGACAUCUGCUUAUCAGUGCGGCAAGGAAUUCUUUCUCGAAACUCAUGGACAAACUAUUCAUCAUGAUGGAGUUUGCCGUAGCAGACGGCCGCCAGAGCAUUACCUACAUAGAGAAAGACACGUUGGUUCAGAGACUGGCUCGCGGGCUCCACAAAAUUAAUGCACAGGCUCUUAAAGCAGGAAUCAACGACAGAGCCCCUGCUACGAAAAGCAUAGCAUUCCUGCAGAGGCAAAUAUUUGAAUUUACACAAAGGCUACAUACAGCAGAAGUGGAACGGCGGUCACUCCGCUUAGAGCUCACAGAAUUCAAACGGAAUUUGAAUGAGAUGAGGAACGAGGCUGACAAAGCCCAGAGCCUGCAAGAGCAAUUAAAUGCAUUUAAGCAAUCUAAAUUGAUCACCCGCGAGAGGUUUGAAAGUGCAUGUGAAGAGCUAAAUAAUGCAUUGCUACGGGAGCAGCAGGCGCAAAUGCUUUUGAACGAGCAGGCACAACAGCUUCAGGAGCUGCAGUAUAAACUGGAAGUGCAUUCCUGCGAAGAAGCAGACAAAAACCAAACUCUGAGCGAAGCUGUAAAGAGUCUCUCCGAGGCAAAGAUGGAGCUGAGAAGAAAAGAUCAAUCUCUGCGUCAGCUCAAUAGACAUCUUACCCAGCUGGAGCAGGACAAGCGUCGGCUGGAGGAGAGCAUACACGAUGCGGAGAGUGCCCUCCGCAUGGCAGCAAAAGACAAAGAAUUAAUCGCCGGCCAUAUGAAAUCGGUAGAAGCCAACCUUCAGAAUGUCAGAGAUCAGAUCUCGCUGUCACGGACUGCGGCAACCAGGAAUGACUUAACCCUGCAGCUACCUAAGCUUCACCUGGAGACCUUUGCGAUGGAAGGGCUAAAGGGCGGGCCAGAGGUUGUCGCAUUCCAGGCGAUGAUUGUAAGUUUUAUGGAUGUCUAUCAACUUGCGUGCUCCAGAGUCUCUACACUAGAGAGAGAAAUCGUUUCCCACCAGCACCACAUUGAAGCUCUGAAAUCUGAACUCCAAACAGCAUGCCUUCGUGAAAAUGAAAGCUUGCACUCAGAGCCGCAAAACACUUUAAGCAUCCCUAGACCUUCAAGAUCCUUAACCCAGCUGGACCAGAGUUGCAUCCCAGACUUUUUGCCACUCAAGGCAGAGUCAGAUUACGAUACAUCUUUUGCCUUGGUACACAACAGACCUCAUUCUCAGAUCUCCUCAUAUUCUUCGACCCUGAAUUUCAUACCCACCACCAAACGAGCGAUGCAAAAUGGAUGUUAAGAUUCGAUAUUUUUUUUGUAAGCAGCUAUAUAUAAAUAUAUGUGUGUAACUAAUUAAAAACCCUCGCUUAUUUGGA